AUGCUUCGGGCAUCAAAGACUCUCUCCCUCAUAUUCCCUUUUGCCUUAUCUACUACAUUUGUAUCUACCAGCCAAGCACUAUAUAAGCUAUCAGAAGUUCUGUGCCACGCGAACGUGACUCAAAGGAAAAUGAAUUUGGUAGCGGUUGUCUGUUCCGCAAUAGUUUGGGUUGUGGUGAGCGGCGACUCAGAGGUGGAGUCUCUUCGGCGUGAAGUGGAAAGUCUGAAGAAUGUGGUGGUAAGUCUCCACGAUGUUUGCGGCCUUCAUUCUUCAGAGAUUAAGUCACUGCAGAAAACGGCAGAAGACCAACAAAAGACAAUAGAAAUACAACAGGUGCUCAUUAAAAAGCUUUUGUCAGAGAAUCAAGACCUUAAAAAUAAAUCUCGGAAUUGGAGUUUCAAACGGACUGGUUUAGUAAACCAAAAAAGUGAAAACGUCGGGGAACAUCACAUACCGGUAUAUGAAAACUCAAUGCUCAUAGGGGGCUUUCAGGAAAGUUCACAAGAAGGAUUGCUGGCUGAAGACCAAAGAAAUAAACGGCUUCUAUCCCAAACUACCCCAGGGUCGCCUGUUCAAAACGCUGUUGCUUUCUAUGCUUACAUGUCAACAUCAGUGUCUUAUACCAACAAUCAUCAUGUCCCAGUCUUUGAUACAGUGAAAACUAACAUUGGAGACAGUUUCCACCAUAGUACUGGAGUAUUUAUGGUUCCAUCAUCAGGUUUGUAUGUCUUCACAUGGACAAUCCGAGAACACGAUGGUAGUCAACAUUCUGUUGCCUUGGUGAUUAACAAUGAAGAGUAUGGGGCUGUUUACCAAAAGGUGCAUGUCGGGGAGUACGACCAGUGCAGUACAACUGUUGUUCUUUACCUUAACCAAAGGGACGAUGUAUAUCUGAGAACCAGAAACGGAGGCGGAAUGCCAGACGGAAACCUGCCUAUGACGUGUAACCCAUGGGGAAGAACGUCUUCUUCUGGUUGGAAAAUCAAUUAGGUGCUUAUAUCUGAAACUACGUGGUCGUGUGUCAUCAACAAUAUUUAUAUGAAUAGAGUAGAAUAUUCAGAAUAC